AUGCCCAAAAAGAGGGUGCUGUCGCCGCAGUCCGUGUGGGACGAGCCGGCGCUGCGCCUGGCCUUCGACCGGGCCGGCGUCAAGGCCCUGCACCUGCCUCCCCUCUACCGGCACCUGCUGCGACACCCGGAUGCCAGCUGGUCCGACGUGCCCGACCUCCCCCGCGCGGCGGUGGACCUCCUGACGCGCGACUUCGCGGCGCACACCACUACCCUGGUCCAUGCCCAGACCUCCGGCGGCGGCGAUGCCACCAAGCUGCUGGUGCGCCUGCAGGACGGACUGCAGGUGGAGGCGGUGAUCAUGCACGAGGUGGGCUGCGCCAUGGCCUGCACCUUUUGCGCCACGGGGACGAUGGGCCUGUCGGCCGACCUCACCGCGGGCGAGAUUGUGGAGCAGCUGGUGCACGCGCGGCGCCAGCAUCCCAUCCGCAACGUCGUCUUCAUGGGCAUGGGCGAGCCGCUGAACAACUACGUGGCGGUGCGCGCCGCCAUCCUGACCAUGGUGGACCCGGCCUCCUUCGCGCUGCGCCGCUCCGCGGUCACGCUUUCCACGGUGGGCGUGGCGCCGCGCAUCCGCCAGCUGGCCGCCGACCUGCCCGGGGUCAGCCUGGCCCUGUCCCUGCACGCGCCCACCCAGGAGCUGCGCGCUGCCAUUGUGCCCAGCGCGCGCGCCUACCCGCUGGACCGCCUCAUGGCCGCGGUGGCCGAGUACCAGGCCGCCAGCGGGCAGCGCGUGUUCGUCGAGUAUGUGCUGCUGGGCGAGGCCAACUGCCGCGCCGAGCACGCGCACGCGCUCGGCGCCCUGCUCUCCGGGCGCAACGUGGUGGUCAACCUCAUCCCCUGGAACCCCAUCCUGUCCCCCGCAAUGGACUUCCGCGGCCCCGCGCCGGGCCAGGCCGUGGAGUUCGCAGUCGUGCUGAGGGAGCAGUACGGCCUGCCCACCACCAUCCGCCAGGAGAAGGGGCAGGCGAGCGAGGGGUGGGAGGGGGGCCGACGGCUGGCUGAGGAGGUCGGGAACGAUGCGAUGGUGGGAAGGGUGUGA